CAUGUUGGAACCUUACUACUAAGGUUUUUUUAGGUAAAACCUGCUCAUCUUGCCAUGUUAUUAAAGUUAGAGAGUUUAAGUCCUGCACCAAACACAAAAUCAACACCUUUUGCCCACCUGAGCCCUUCACAGCAGCCCUGACAACCUUUUUAUUUAACUCUUUAUUUAUUUGUCCCAUUGAGUUGUUUUCUGUCCCAGACGGCCAGCUUUUCAGCAGCUACCCCACUCCACGAGAUGGCCAUGCAUGUGGCCGCCACUCCUUAAAGCACCAUCCCACCCUGCCUUCACUCUCUCUGCGGCUCUCGCUGGCCUACACUGCACCUCAGUCAACGCUUUGAGCCCGAGCCGGGCCGUGCGGACUGUGGCUGCAUGUGACUACACAGUAAAAGCUGGUGGUGUCCAUGUUGUGACAAGUUCAUACUCUGAGUCUCCAUCUCGCCCCCCUUCUCCCCUCUCCAAACCUCCCCUCCUUCUCACCUUCCACCCCGUGGCUGAUAUAUGGCCCCAGCCCAAAAUGGCGGCCUCGACCCGAGGCACCACAGGCACAGCGUAGUUGGUGUGCUCACCAUUCAGAGAGCCCCGUCUGAGUCGACGGCCCAUGAGGUCCCUGACGGCCGUCACCUGACCCUCAGGAAAGCCCUGUCUGAAGAGAGGCCGCAGCCGGACGGAGCGUCCCGCAGCCAUAGAUCUGGUGAUGCUCCUGUUACUGCAGCCUCAUUGGAUAGUGGUCUGAGCGGCAGUGCCUUUAGCCUAUUGGAUGAAGAGGGCGGGACAAAUGCGGUGGAUAGUGCAAUUUUCCAGGUUCCCAGAUUUGGAAAGAUUCCAAACGGCACAGAAGCUGUGAAAUCCGCUCAUGGAGAUGCAGAGGGUAAGACUCAGGUGAUGGGGGAGAUAAAGAUCGCCCUGAAGAAAGAGAUGAAGACAGAGGGAGAACACCUGGUGCUUGAGAUCCUACAGUGCAGAAACAUCACAUAUAAAUUCAAGUCUCCCGACCACCUCCCAGACCUAUAUGUGAAGCUUUAUGUGGUGAAUGUGGCCACUCAGAAAAGAAUCAUCAAGAAGAAGACCAGAGUGUGUCGUCAUGAUCGCGAACCAUCUUUCAACGAAACCUUCCGCUUCUGCAUGAACCCCACCGGUCAUUCCAUUCAGCUCUUUCUUGUUUCAAACGGAGGCAAGUUUGUAAAGAAGACCCUAAUCGGCGAAGCGUACGUGUGGCUGGAUAAAGUAGACCUGCGUAAACGGGUGGUGAGCUGGCACAAGCUGCUGGCCAGCACAGCUCAGAUCCACUCCUAAAGAAGGCGGUCGAUUGAGGCGCGUGGACAGACCCGGCACAUCUCUGCCGCACUCUUUGGGACUAAACUGAGCUGAAUUUGGAGGGCCGACGCGGGGAGAUUCCCGAUUGCACUGGCACAUGUGAUUGUGUUAACCCAAGCCAUGGAGAAACAGGUGUACAAUGGUGUUUACAGGAAAGAUCUGAUCCUGAAAGAUGCAGAUCUGAAAAAAAAAAGUGAGCUGGAGAUUCACGUAAGAUUCAUACACAUGUGUACAUGCACUUUCACAAUCACUUACUGGUGUAUCUAUAAAAUAAUAUGUGUACAUUGGGCCACGACAGACAGUUAGACGAUAGAGCGAACGUUUAUUUGUUGCCAGUAAUUUGUGCAUUAUUCAUAAAGGAUUAUUUAACAGACAGAUAUCAUAUAUAUAUUAUUUUUGUAUGAUAGAGACGAUUCCGCUUUAGAUAUUUAUCCUUCUUUUACAUUCCCUCAGAUGUUAUUGUGUUGAACGAAUAUUUAAGCACAUUAUCAAUGGAUUAGAAGAGUAUUUUAUGGUAUAUUAUAGACAGAUUUAAACGAAUGAAAUUUGAUUUAUUGGGUGUUGUGAUGACUCUUUGUGUCAGUACGGUUAUUUCCACUCACACAAGUAACACACGAUACGGAAUUCAUCAGCGGAUUCAGAGAGAAUCAGGAUGAAUGCAAGUACCCAGCAAGCAUUUUUUUGUUUAAUAGAUGUCAAAUAGACGUCUAAACAUAGUCGCCUUGGCUAAAACUAGACUACAUUUGGGCUGUCAGUGAAUAGACGUCUAAGAAUACUAGACUAGUCAUCAAAUAAACAGAAAUGAAUGACUACACAUAUAAAGUCUGUCUAAUCUGUCUAUUUGUUUUGGGCUAUUCUUAGACAUCUAUUAGAUUUUCACUGACAGCCAAAGUUUAGUUUUGUUUUAGCCAAGCUGUCUACGUCUAUUAGACGUCUAUUAAACACAAAAUUGUUUGCUGGCUAAUUUAAACGUUUAAGAAAACUGCCAGACUUGCACAGAAAGCGAAUGGGGAGUCUUGUUCGAUGAAUGUGACAGAUGAAAUAUCUCAAGCAUGCAGCAGCAUCAGUUGAAAAUGUCAAAUCCAGCACUGUUAUAUGAUUUGCACUUUGAGUCUAGCAUUUUAUGAAUGUAGUUUGCUAGCUUUUUUUCUUUUUUUAAGUAGGUUCUAUCAAAAAAUAAAGAGAAAAUCAAGAAAUAUCCUGCCAUUUAAAUCAGUCAAGCACUGUUAAAACCUCCACAGAUGGAUUAGAGCUCGAAUGGAGCUCGAAUGGGUCAAUGUCAUGUCUUGUCCGGACGUUUUCAUAUCACAAUGUUAAUAUUAGCCUAUGUUUUAUGACAAACAAACUCCUAAACACUCAGGUUUCGAUGUAAAAGCCUUGCUUAAACGUUAUUAGCCGAUCUCUGCUCUAAGCAGCUUAAAAGGCGACAAUGAGGAUCAGGGUGAAGACAUCGCGUCGUUUUGAGUUUACACACAUUUUGACACACGCUCAUCUCAUAAUUUCAGAAAAGUGUGGCCACCUCAGACACUGAAAUGCCAUUAGUGUUAUCUAUAUGUUUUUUAUUAUGCCUUUAAACAGGAUGUGUGGAUAUAACCUUGCAAAACGUAACCCAGCCAUUUUACCAAGUCAAGCACUGACGGUACACAAAUGUCCAGCGUUAAGGGUGAAAUCGGCCUUUAACCUGUGCCAAACUACCAAAACCCGCAGGUUCUGUGUAUGUUAUUCUAUGCAACCCAAAAGGCAUCUGUUGUACUUAUCAUUUAAUGGCCGUAAUGCAUUAUAAUGACUUUUAUUUUGUCAUUUUAAUGUAUUUUCCCAACUGACGUUUAUUUAUAUAUAUUUUUAAUUUUGCUUGGUGCUUGUUUAUUAAUUUGAUUGCAUUUUUGACAGUUCCUUGCAGUCCGCUGUUAAACUGUAAAUGUGCAUAACUACAGUAAAUGUGUGUUUAUAGCAGAUUCAUGAAUUCAGUCACAGUGUCUGGAAAAAACACUAUCUCACUGCACUCAGCUUUAUAUACAAUGCUCGGUUCUCACUUUAUUAUAUUCUGAUCUCUCAGAAUGUGCGUUACUAUUUUUUAUGUUUACAAAUGAAGAGGAGAAAGAGCAUUCGUUGUAACCAACGCGACCUCCUUCGAAUAGCCCGUGCAUGCAUCUUUUUCACUUAAUUGCCACACUGACUCUCUCACCUCUGCAAAAUACAUAAAAAAUGAAUAUAAAAGCAGCCAUGUAAAUAAAAGAAUACUUUUCUUUUUGUACAAAUAGGUUCUUGUAUUGGUUUUCUGGUUCAGAGAAGAGCAUGUUUGAGGGAAAGGAGAAGAGCGACUGUGUUUUUGAUCUGUGUGUUACAUGUUGUACAUGCACUAGGGUAAAAGCUUUCCCCAUGCUUGCCUCUGACAGACUGGACUGGACUUGACUUGCACAACAGACACAGAUUUAACCCUGUAUAAUAAUAACAAUAAUAGUAAUAAAGAGCAGAUGCUGACCUUACUGACUCAGAGUAGAAUCAGGAAAAAGUGUGGUGUUUUCACUUUGGAUGUUGCAUGUUUUGUUGUUCAUACUAUUUUUGUGUCCAGAUUCUAUUUACAAAAAGAGAGGGGGAAAAAAAAGAUGAUGAAAAAUUAAUCAAACCUAAAUAUGUAUGCUGACUGUACAAAGAUAUGCUUGUAUAAUCCGUCUGGUUUUCCACUUAAUGUAAACUGAUGAAAAAAAAUAUUCCAACUGUCAUGGUUUUUGUGGUUGUACACAAACGGUAUUGAUAAAUUAUGCAAAUUGUGCUGUAAUAAAAGGCUAAUGCCCCAAGUCUAAAUAUUAAAUGAUAUAUGUAAAAUUC